UUAAAUUUAUUCCGGCUCAAUAAAGAGAGCUCCGAAAAGCAAGGAUGGUUCCGCCUAAAUGUUGCUGGUCCUGAAACUGGAUGUGAGUUUCCCUCAACCAAAUGUCGAUGGCGAAGCAAACCAGAAAUUUCUGCUUGCCCCUUCAUCGUCUCUGUCUCUCCUUCUUUUUCACUGGGAGUCGGCCUCCUCCGUCUCGUUCUAUUUCACCUCCACGGUUCCAAAUCCCUGCUUCCUACUUGGCCAAGAAAACAAAUGGACGGUUUGUGGUUUAGAUUUGCCCUUGCUGUGUUAAUUUCGUCUGCGAUAGCAGCCAGAGCAUUCCGGCGGAAGUCUGUAGACCUGUCUGGAGUGAUGGCGGGGAUACCAGUUAUGGUCAUCCAUACGGUGGCGGGAUACAGAUUUGCGGUGCUGCUUCUGGUUUUCUUUUUCACUUCUUCGAAGCUUACGCGGAUUGGAGAGGAGAAGAAGAGAGAGACGGAUGCUGAGUUUAAGGAAGGAGGUCAGCGUAACUGGGGACAGGUUCUAGCUAACAGUGGAAUCGCUUCCAUUUUGUUAGUUAUAUUGGCUACAUUGGCUAGUGGACAAGAUCGGUGUCUGGACAGUAAUGAAUCCAAGAUUAUAACAGGUCUUAUUGGUGGUAUCCUUGGCCACUAUGCCUGUUGCAAUGGCGAUACAUGGUCUUCAGAACUUGGAAUACUAAGCAUUUCGCAACCCCGGCUAAUCACAACUUUCAAGCUGGUAGGCAGGGGUCCAAACGGCGGGUUUACCCUAGAUGGACUUCUAGCUGCUACAGUUGCGGGCAUCGCCAUUGGUAUUCCUUUUACUCUUGCUGGAAUGAUCACGGCUGAAUGUUCUGCAGAUGCAGCUUGGAGGCAGCUGCUAGCAGUACCAGUUGCUGCAUUAGCCGGGCUUUUUGGAAGCCUGAUAGAUUCAUUUAUAGGCGCAACACUACAGUUUAGUGGAUAUUGUAGCGUGCGGAAGAGGGUGGUCGCCAAACCUGGUGCGACUGUGUUGAAGAUCUCAGGAAUGAACAUCCUGGACAACAAUUCGGUGAAUAUAGUCUCUGUGUUUUUGACAACGCUGCUUACUUCCAUCGCCUGCAUUUACAUCUUCUAGGUGCUCAGGCUGGUAAUUAUUAUAUGCUAAUUAGUUACUUCGAUUCAUGGGCAAUUCUAUAUCAUCUACACUAAAUAAUAAUGGCUGAAAUAGAAAAUCUAUAUCAUUUGCUUAUUAUUUACUUGUUAUAAUAUGGUUGAGAUAACGUAUCCUUUAGGUUCAGCCCAAGUUAUGUUUUGAUAUGAAAUGUUUUUUAUUGAUUUUUGCUGUUACGACAAAGAAAGAAAUAUAGAAUAUGAAAAGAUUAUGAUGAUAUUAUCAGAGAUGAUGAUUAUUGGCUUUGGGAAAUGGACAAAGAACUGGAUGUCUGUGAGUUUAUUUUU